AUGGAUGGUGGUGUUGUUGCUGAAGCUGACACUGUUGUUGAUGACUCGGAGAGGAAUUUUGACGUGGAUGCUCUUUUUGAUAGUAAUCCUAAUGAGUCUACUGAAAACAUUGAUGAAGUUAAGCAUGCUGAGUUGGCUGAGAAAUUUGAACAAGUUGAGGAAGCUGAGUUGGUUGAUAAAAUGGAUUCAGAUGGAGAGGGUGAUAGGAUUCAAAAAAUUGAUGAUAUUGAGCAGGCUGAGCUGGAAGAACAAGCUAAGAAAGUUGAUCAUGUUGAUAUUGUGGUUGCUCAAGAGAAUGAAAAAUUGGUUUUAAAUGAAAAAGAAUCUGAGUUGGAGAUUUUUUGUAAUGCUGCUGUGGAAGAAGUUGAUCAGUCAAGCAAAAUAAAUGAGCUAAUUGAUUCUGAAGUUGCGAUGCUUAGUGAAGUAUGCAGCGAUGAGUUUAUAACACCUCCUUCUGUACAAUCAGAUUUAAAUGUUCCUUCUGCAAAUAUAAUUUUAGAAAAGGAAACAGAUGAAUCUGGUGAUACUGAAAUUGCUGAUCAUGCUGCUUGUGAGCAACAAGUAUCUUCACUUGUUGCAUCUUUGUCGUGCUGGGUUCGUACUGAGGAAAAAAUAAUUGAACCAGCUGUUCUAGUUAAUAAGGUUGAAUUACCUAAAACAACAGCUUUGAAAGAAGAGAUAGUCACUGAUGAAACAACUAUUCAAGCUGAGAAAGUUGCUGCUCCGAGAAGGAGAUUGAAACUUGUAAAAAGAAAACUGAAUGAAGAGUUGAACAAGGAUGUAAAGUUGGAGAAUAGUUCAAGUAUGAUGGCAAAACAGUUUCCUCUGCUGAUGAAAAUUCGCAAUUUAGACAAUCCUGGAAAAGUUCAAGCAGUUGGUAAUACGUUUGUAAAUCGUAAUCCUUUAAUUGUUGAAAGUGUGUCUGAUAUGUGUAAUCAAGAAUGGCUUUCUGAAUUUAAUGACUGGAUUUGUGUUGGCACAUACAAGAAGAAAAAUGAAAUGAAUGAAAUUUAUUAUCCAAAUUACAAAACGUUAAGACCAGUGAUAAGGCUUGGUGGAGAGGGUAUUGUUACUAAAGAUUUCUUUUACAAGCUUCAUACACCAGGAGCCUAUUUGGAUUCAAGUCAUAUUGAUUGUCUGUUUUCAUAUUUGAGGAAGAAGUGUUUGUUUCUGAACAAUGAUUACAGUGUAUGUGGUAAUUUUUUCGAUCAGUAUGUUCAGAAUGGGUAUUUACUCUAUCAGGAGACACGUAGUGUGACUGAUUUACCAAUGUUUGCUGAAUUAUAUAAUUUCAUUGUUGGAGAAGAUGGUGCUUAUAAGAGGUGUUGGUCUGAUGUGAAGAAUAUACUGUUUCCAGUUCACCUUAAAGUUGAUGGUGAAUCUCAGGACCAUUGGAUUCUUGCUAAACUCAGUUUUGAGUAUAGGACCUUUUUUGUGUACAACUCUCGUAGGAGUGAGCUUUAUGAUAAUCAUACUGCUACUGUUAUGACUGCAUAUGCAACAUUGCUUCCGCUGAUAUUGGACAUUGUUGGAUUUUAUGAUCGGAGUGAUAUCAACUUCCACUCUGUUUAUUAUAUGGACAAGAGUAAAAUUGAUCCAUUUGCUGUAGCUUAUGUUGACAGACUUCCUGUUCAAGAAAAAGCAGAUUGUGGUUUGUACAUUGUGGCUUUUGCUGAAUACUUGAUAGAAGGGAAGGCAAUUCCGAGAAAUAUUGAUGUCUUUAGACUUCGUGAAAGAUAUGCAACUAAUUUGUACAUCUAUGGAAGGUGGAAGAUCAAGACUAAAUGUGGUUAUAUUUCUGAAUGA